UUAAGCAACUUACGUUGCAAGAUUCGGAAACGUUUUCUCAUUCUGCGUAAAUCUGAAUUUGAUAUCUGUUAUUUUAUAGUGCUUGUGACGACUGAAGUAAGUCAUAGUGACACAUUCAAAAUGGCCUUGUUAACGCCAUACUGGAGUCUGGAUGGUAUCCUGAUUUUGUGGUCACUGAUGAUUGCCGCUUAUUUGUACAUGACUCGGAAUUUCAACUACUGGACGAAACGGGGCGUGAAACAGAUACCACCUACGCCCUUCGUAGGCAACUUCAUGGACUGUCUUUUGUCAAGAACACCAGCCGCAAUCUUUGUCAAGAACCUAUACAAUUACGGAGAAGGUUUACCUUUCUUGGGAUUUUACAUCUUCGACAAACCUUAUCUGUUAAUUCGCGAUCCAGAACUCGUGAAGCACGUCCUAGUGAGCGACUUUAACUAUUUCGCUAAUAGAUACGCAACUGCAGAUGAGAAGGAUGAUCGUCUUGGAUACGCAAAUCUGUUCAUGAUGAAAAAUCCAGGAUGGAAAUCUCUUAGGUCAAAAUUAACGCCGAUGUUUACCACGGGCAAGAUAAAGAAAAUGUUCGAGUUAAUGCUGGUGGUCGCUGACGAUCUUGCAAAGUAUCUCGAUUCGUUGCAUUUGGAAGAUAACGGAAAAGUAAUCGAGUUCACGGAUAUGUGCGGGAAUUUCACCACCGAUAUAAUCGGUAGCAUUGCGUUUGGCUUAAAAGUUGGUUCAUUGCAAAAUCCAAAAGCAGCGUUCCGUGAAUAUGGCAAGGCGGUCUUCGAUUUUAAUUUCUAUCGUAACUUAGAUUUACUUAUCAUAUUCUUCUGCCCUUGGUUAGUCAAGUAUCUUAAACCGAAGUUCUUUGGAAAAGAAGCGAAUAACUUCUUCCGAUCUGUUUUCUGGAAUGCGAUUGAAGAACGAAUUAAAUCGGGUCAGAAGAGGAAUGAUGUCACCGAUCUGCUGAUCGAGAUGAGGGAGAAAUACAAGAACGACGAAAAUCUGAAGGAUUACAAAUUUGACGGUGACGAUUUAGUAUCACAAGCGAGCAUAUUUUUUAUUGCUGGUUUCGAAACAUCUUCUACUACCAUCUCUUACACACUGCAAGAACUUGCAUUGAACCCAGAUAUACAGAAGACACUUAGGGCAGAACUCCAGGAUGCUCUGGCGAAAACUGAUGGCAAAAUCACAUACGAUAUAGUUAUGACGUUACCAUAUCUCGAUAUGGUUAUUUCGGAAACUCUUCGUAAAUAUCCACCUCUAACAUUCUUGGAUCGAAUUACCCUUGCCGAUUACAAAGUGCCUAAUUUCGAUCUGGUGAUAGAGAAAGAUACCCCAAUAUUCAUUUCGAAUGUGGGUGCGCACCACGAUCCGCGAUACUUUCCAAAUCCGGAAAAAUACGAUCCACUCCGAUUCACCGAGGAAGCCAAAAGAGCCAGGCAAAAUUUCGUCUACUUUCCCUUUGGUGAGGGACCCCACUCAUGCGUUGGUAUGCGAUUGGGACUCAUGCAAUCCAAACUUGGAGUAGUACAAAUAAUGAAGGACCACGAAGUUUUUCCUUGUGAAGAAACCAUAAUUCCAACGGUCCAUACUCCCACCGGAUUCACCACAAUACCUUUAGGAGGAAUCAAUCUCAACAUUCGAAAGACUGCCACUACUGCUGGUUAAAGGAAGCUAAAGAUUUACGAAUCGCGUUAUGAAAGGACUGUUCCGGAAAAUGAAGUAGCAAAUAAUCGAUUUUCAUGAGAUUAUCAAAGAUUUGGCGUCGAAAAAAGCGAGGAAAAUUACUUAAUAUUAUUAUUAGCUUGCAUUAUUAUUUAAUAUUCAUCUUAAAAAAUAUAUAAAUAUGUAAAUAAAUCUGUAAAUAAAUAAUUCUUCAUUGCAAAAU